GAGCGGUCGAUCCGCAGUGUGUUUGUCAACGUUGACUCGCUCAGGUUAACUCUCGGCCCUUCGACUGCCGGAUUGAAUGCCGUGCCGAGCUUAAUUGUCUCCUGACAAGUCGGUCGAUUCACGGGGGAAGCAUGCCGGGCCCGGUCGAGCACCGGAGUGUCACACCGCUGAUACAAUACUUUCGGGAAAUCUGCCGAGGCAGAAAAAUCGUGCUGCACCACAGAUGGGCCGACGACCAGGCGAAGCGCACUCAACCCCCGCCGGAAUUGCCGGGCGGCCCGUAUCACAAAACCUCGCAAAUCUACUAUUACCAGCGAGACGCGAGGCGAGAGGUUCAGCCGCCCAUGCUGAUCAGUGGAUCGAAGCAAAUUGGUACAGAGGUGGCGCCCGAUACCGGAAAGAAACACUUUACUCCAGGGAAAACUUAUAAUUGGGGCUCUUAACGUCUCAGAGCCCAAGUCUAGCCGUUUACGUUAUGCCGCAAACUCGCGUCGAUGUAACAUUGCACGAUGGCAAGAGAACUUGCCUAGCUACUGUACAUAGAGAAUAAAUUAAACUGCUAUUA